CGGGGCUGGCUGAGCCCGCGGAGGGGAAGCCUUAGCGGGGAUUUGACAGCAGCCUGAAGGCGGGUCCCGGAGCGGGGUCGGUCGGUUGGGGCAGGCGAGAGGACGAGGAGCACCGGGCUCAAGCCGCAGCCAGGGGAUUCAAGCUGGAGAUACUAUUUAAAGAAGACUGAUUGAGUGUGGAUUCUGAUUGAGUGUGGAUUUACAUACUGGAUUUUAACAGCUGAAAAUGAAGUAAGAUGUAGACUAAAAUCUGCUUUUGAGAAAUGCCAAACUGCAAUUUCACACGGGAGGAAAACAGCCCACUUAUGGUAAUGUUAGAGGAGUAGCUAUUGGAGACAAUCUGCUGCCCCCUGAUACUUCAGCAAGACAAAUCACUAGACUCUAGCAGCAAGAGAACGGUUCUUCAUGACAAAAUGACAGCAAGAGAACACAGUCCCCGCCAUGGUGCAAAAUCCCGCACUGUGCAACGGGCCUCCACUAUUGAUGUUGCCUCUGACAUGCUAGGCCUUUCCCUAGCAGGAAAUAUCCAGGAUCCAGAUGAACCGAUUUUAGAGUUCAGCCUAGCUUGCAGUGAGCUGCUCACUCCCUCGCUAGACCGAAAACCAAAUAGUUUUGUAGCAGUGAGCGUAACUACACCUCCUCAGGCAUUCUGGACAAAGCAUGCACAGACAGAGAUUAUUGAGGGAACAAGCAAUCCUAUCUUUCUAAGCAGUAUUGCCUUUUUUCAAGACUCUCUUAUCAAUCAGAUGACGCAAAUCAAACUCUCUGUCUAUGAUGUUAAGGAUAGAUCUCAGGGAACAAUGUAUUUACUUGGUUCUGUGGCAUUCACGGUAAAGGAGCUACUUCAGGAGAAGAAUCAUAGGUUGCAUUUAACACUAAGGUCUGCUGAAAGUGAUCGUGUAGGUAACAUUACAGUUAUAGGGUGGCAAAUGGAAGAAAAAACUGACCAAAGGCCACCUGUAACAAGGUCUCCUGAUACCAUUAAUGGGAGAACGGUCUUGCCAGUUGAUGAAAGUUUAACAGAAUCUCUAGGAAUCAGAUCUAAAUAUGCUUCAUUACGGAAGGAUGCAUUACUGAAAUCUGUGUUUGGCGGUGCCAUUUGUCGGAUGUACCGUUUCCCUACCACUGAUGGGAACCACCUGAGGAUCUUGGAGCAAAUGGCUGAGAGUGUGCUGUCACUGCACAUCCCCAGGCAGUUUGUGAAGCUUUUGCUUGAAGAAGAUGCAGCAAGGGUUUGUGAAUUAGAAGAGCUGGGAGAGCUGUCUCCCUGUUGGGAAAGCCUUCGUCGACAAAUAGUUACUCAGUACCAAACGAUUAUACUAACUUAUCAGGAAAACCUAACUGACCUCCAUCAGUACAAAGGUCCCUCGUUUAAAGCAAGCAGCUUGAAAGCUGAUAAAAAACUGGAAUUUGUUCCUACAAAUUUACACAUCCAGAGAAUGAGAGUCCAGGAUGAUGCAGGAUCAGAUCAGAAUUACGACAUAGUGACCAUAGGUGCGCCAGCAGCUCAUUGUCAAGGCUUUAAAUCAGGUGGCCUACGGAAAAAACUGCAUAAAUUUGAGGAGGCAAAGAAACACACUUCCAUGAGCUCCCAAUCUAUAAUAUACAUCCCACAGGACAUUGUUAGAGCAAAGGAGAUUAUUGCACAAAUCAACACCCUCAAAACUCAAGUCAGUUACUAUGCAGAAAGGCUCUCAAGAGCUGCCAAGGAUAGGUCAGCUAAUGGUCUGGAAAGAACACUUGCCAUUUUGGCAGAUAAGACUCGGCAGCUUGUUACUGUCUGUGACUGCAAGCUUCUGGCAAAUUCAAUACACGGACUAAAUGCUGCAAGGCCAGAUUACAUAGCCUCAAAGGCGUCUCCAACCUCUGGAGAGGGGGAACAGGUAAUGUUAAGGAAUGAUCAAGACACUCUUGUGGCAAGAUGGACAGGAAGAAACAGCCGAUCUUCUCUGCAGGUGGAUUGGCAUGAAGAGGAAUGGGAAAAAGUUUGGUUGAACGUUGACAAAAGUCUGGAGUGCAUUAUACAGAGAGUGGACAAACUUCUUCAGAAAGAGCGUUUGCAAAGUGACAGCUGUGAAGAUGUUUUCCAGUGUGACAUCAGCUGUACGAGUAAGAAAGGUAAUCGGGAUACUCGUGCAUACUGGAUAAAUCCAAAAGACUUAGAUGAGACUUCAUCUUCAUCUUCAUCAUCCUCACCACCGUCUUCAUCCAUUUCAUCUCCUGCAUGCCAUUCUCACAAAAACACAAAUUGCAGCCCCCCUCCUGAAGAGUCCAGCCCAGGUGAAUGGAGUGAGGCUCUUUAUCCCUUGCUGACAACACUCACAGACUGUGUAGCCAUGAUGAGUGACAAGGCAAAGAAAGCCAUGGUCUUUUUGUUAAUGCAAGAUAGUGCUCCUACAAUAGGUCUGUGCCUGAGUCUUCAGUAUCGCAGGGAUGUUGUCUUCUGCCAAACUCUGACAGCUCUUAUUUGUGGUUUUAUUAUCAAACUGAGGAACUGCCUGCAUGAUGAUGGAUUUCUGAGACAGCUCUAUACCAUCGGUCUUCUGGCACAGUUUGAGAGCCUUUUGAGCACAUAUGGUGAAGAGCUGGCAAUGCUAGAGGACAUGAGUUUGGGAAUAAUGGACUUGAGAAAUGUUACCUUUAAAGUAACUCAAGCCACAUCAAAUGCAUCUUCUGACAUGCUGCCAGUCAUUACAGGAAAUCGUGAUGGCUUUAAUGUGAGGAUUCCACUGCCAAGCGCCUUGUUUGAUAUGUUGCCCCGAGAGAUUCAGAGUGGCAUGUUACUGAGAGUUCAGCCUGUUCUCUUCAACGUGGGAAUCAAUGAACAACAAACCCUGGCAGAGAAGUUUGGAGACACCUCAUUACAAGAAGUAAUUAAUAUGGAGAGCUUGGUUCGGUUGAAUUCAUAUUUUGAACAGUUCAAAGAAGUUUUGCCUGAUGAUUGCCUACCUCGAUCUCGUAGUCAGACGUGCCUGCCUGAGCUGUUAAGAUUUCUGGGACAGAAUGUACAUGCAAGGAAAAAUAAAAAUGUUGAUAUUCUUUGGCAAGCUGCUGAGGUAUGCCGCAGACUAAAUGGUGUUCGAUUUACAAGCUGUAAAAGUGCCAAGGAUAGAACAGCCAUGUCCGUGACCCUAGAGCAGUGCCUGAUCCUGCAGCAUGAACAUGGGAUGGCUCCCCAGGUUUUCACCCAGGCUCUGGAGUGCAUGAGGAGUGAGGGUUGUCGACGGGAAAAUACAAUGAAGAAUGUUGGAUGUCGCAAGUAUGCAUUUAAUUCCCUGCAACUGAAGGCUUUCCCAAAGUAUUACAGGCCUCCAGAAGGAACUUAUGGAAAAGUUGAAACAUAAACAUACUGUGUCCUGUAGUUGCUGUUACAUUAAAACAUGCGGAUAUAUUCUAGUUUAAUAUAUGAACUUGUCAUCAAAACCAGAUAAAUAAUUUUUUUGUACAUUUCACUAGAUCAUAUUGAGCAUGUUACUUACUGAAUUGGAAUCUGUAGCAAUGAUUGUUCUGACACCUUAGCUUGAGAAUAGCGUGAUGACUCUCUGCCCAUUUAAAUAGCCUUCAGUGUAUGUAAGGUGAAUAAAUACUGUAUCAUUGAAUUAUUGCAUAUAUGCAAAUAGCUAGGUAUCUCCUGGAUGGCAAGGACUUUCUGAAUGGCACUUAGGCAGCUGUUUCACCUAACAUCUUUUUAUACUGAGUUGACUUGAGAUUGAACUUUUCAUAAUACUUUUUAAAACUGUGUGUGAAACCUCAAAGUUGUAAAUAAUAAAAUGACUGGACCCUACACAGUCUGAUAAUUGCAGAAUGCAUUGUUACAAUCCAGAAACAAAAGUUUAAUUUUAAGAAAAAUCUCAGCACAAUCAAAGUCAGGCAUUAAAAUGCUUUACUGUAUAAAUAAUGCCACCUUUCCUGUAGGAGGCCAUUAGUGUAUAAUGCCAGACGCUUUAUGUGAAGCCUUGUCCCAUUUCAAAUGAAGCCAAAAUUUCCAUUCCUUUCACUGGGAAAGGAAUGGGUUCUCAGUUGCCUGAUUUAUUUUCAGCAUUUUUUCAAACAUUUAUGUUAUGGCACUUUCUUAGCUGCUAAUGCCAACAAACAAAAUGCUAAAUUUCAAAUGCAUUCUCAUUUUCCACUACUGUAAUUUAUCAAGCAGCACAAGAAGCAAGCUGACAAUGUUACACAAAAAAUGCUCAAUAAUAUCUGCAUUAUUGUACAGUCAGUAACACAUUUUCCCCAGGGCUUUUUAUAUCACUUCCAGGUUAAUAGUAUCUGAUUUUUUUGGUGUCGUUUCCAAUACCUGCCAGUGCAGCAAUGCUGUAUAAAUGCCCAUUGUUCCCAAAAAUUCCACAGAAAAAUGUGUUUCUGUUUAGUUUUGCAUUUUACCCAGCUGGGCUCUGUCAGAAUGACAGGCAGGGAAUAGGAGUAUCUUGCAAUAUUUCUGAUUACGGUAGGGUUGUCCUGUUUUGAUACAAAAUAACUGUUAAUGCUUUUAAGGGCAUACUUGUUCCAUCUCAUCAUGACUAAGGUGAUCAGAUAAGUAUUUUGAGAAGAAAUGUAUUUUGAGAAGAAAUGUUCAAUGGAUCUCCUUGGAAACAGACUUUGCCAGGUUAUAGAGUCCAAAAAAGAAGAGGAAACAUGAAUUUUCCAGAAUUAACAGAAUUCAUCCUCCCUAUUGUCACCGAUCCCAGCAUACAGCAUUUGAAAUGUCUACCUCUGUCCUUUUGGCUUUUAACCAGAUAGGCCUGAGAAUGAAAAAUCUAGGGUUCAGUUUAUUCUUAACAGAAUAGCAACAGCCCAGUACAUAUAUGACAUUUUCCCUUCUCCCUGGUGUUUAUGUUCAUGCUUUUGCUGUUCUAUUGAUCAUGUUCAUUAAGCUCCCAAAAUGCGACCUGCGGGCCAGAUGCGGCCCACCAACCCAUUCUAUCUGGCCCUCAGGGCCCCUAAAAAAUUUGGAAAAUUAAUAGUUAUUUGCCCCUGGCUGCCUGUCAUGCGGCCCUUGAUGGCUUGCCAAAACUCAGUAAGCGGCCCUCCGCCCGAAAUAAUUGCCUGCCCCACCUUAGGAACUCUGCAAACUCUGUUUUCCUUAAUAAAACAGCCUGGUGGGGUUGUGUUGUGUUAUAUUGUUUUGGUUUUUUGACAGGAUGUAAAAUUUGUGGUGAAAAGCCUUUCAGUUAGAUUUCUGUGGAUUCACAUUAUUUUCAUUCAUUUUGCUAAACUUGCUGUCCCUCUUCCAUUAUUAAAUGCCACAUUUAUUUUGAUGUAAACUAGACACUAUAGAUAUCUUAGUUUCUCACUGCUGACACGUAGCUGGCCAGUUUACAUUCAUAUAUUUUGAUUAUGUGGUUAAAAUAUAUAUAACAUCUUAGCUUGUUAAAAUCUUCUUCCACAGGAAGGAAGAAUAAUACAAGAGGGGCUGUUACAAGUAUUGCUGAUCUCUUAUGUUUUGUAGCCAAUAAAAAAAAUCCUCUCUAAAUUAUAGUUAUACUUAAUUUUGUAAAUGCAUAUAUUCUGAAUUCCCAAAUUCUUUACAUGCAUGCUUUUUGAUCCCCUUUUUUAAGCAGUGGAGCAUUAAUCUUCUAUAUUGCAUUAUUCUGCAGAGAAUACUUUGGUUUCCAUAUACUUCUAUAUACAAUAUUGUUACUACAUGCACAUAAAUAGGCUUGCUUAAAGGGCAUAUUGAACAAUAAGAUCUUGAGCAGUUCAUCAAAAAGAAAAAAUUGAAAUUUUAAAAUCAUAAAGAAAACUUUACAGGAGAUUUUAAGCUUUUCUGUUGCACAGGAAAGGCAAUCUUAAAGAUUACUGUAAAAUGGAGCUCUGUCUUAUGUUCCUUUUAGUACAUUUUUAAAAUUAUAAAACAUACUAAGGUAAAAACCUGUUGCCAGGUAUGUUCUGUGUAUGUUCUGUGAAAGCACCUACAGCACAGUUGCCUUUUGUUUCAUUUAUAUAUGUAAAAUUAUUGUAUAAUACAACACUGUUUUGUCCCAACACAGUUGUACUUGCCGAGCUUUGUGCAUUAAAAUAUUUUUAUUUAUUUGUUUUUGGGCAGUAUUAAUAUAUCAUAAACAUGGCUACCUGUUUUGUAUAUUCCUAGUUCAUUCGAUCAUGUAUGCUGUAAAUGUGCUAGUCCUUAGAAUGAGAAACAAUAAAGAACUGACAAGA